GGAAUCACGGCCGUGAUUGCCGGCUCUUUCCAUUCCGGACUAUAAAAUCUGCUAUCCCCUUGUUCUAGGGGCACAUAUAUCUCAUUUCAUCCGUUUUCUCUCGCUCUCACACCAGGCUGUCUUCCACCUCUGCAAGAUACCUCGACAAGAGCUGCAAAUCAUUGGAGCUAUGGCGAUGUCCUCGCAGAUUAACAUCAGCGCCCAAGCCAUGGGGAUAAAGGCUGUUGGAGGAGGAGAAAGCUAUGGCUUUUCGCCACUCUCAAGGAUCAAAACUCCUCCUCGGUCAGCAGUGUCAACGGGUCCGUCCCAAGUUUGCUCCUCCUCAAAGAUCAAUGCAGUGAAGCUCUCGCCCGCCGUGGAGAGAGUCCAGCCAGCAGCCGACGUCUUCAAGGGCUGGCUCGACGAAUCCGCGAUGCUCGAGAACCAGAAGCUUCUCGCCAAGCUCCGGAUCCUCCAGGCCUCCAUCUCUGACCGCAAGGAGAUGCACUCCAUCAUCGCCCAGCAGCGAGACGACUGGAACAAGCUCUUCCAAGGCAGCCUCCGCCUGGCAACGGUGACCGCGGGCGUCCUCUCCGCUCUAAACGGAUCUUCCAUUCACGGCCUCAGCCUGGCGCUCUCGGCGGGGCUCCUCGACGUCUUCGCAGCUCUCGUCAUGGCCGCCGUGAACAAGUUCCAGCCAUCGCAGCUCGCCGAGGAGCAGCGCACCGCGGCACGCCAGUUCGCUAACCUCUUCCAGGAGAUCGACUCCACGCUGGCCAUCUCCCCGUCCCUCCGGGAGGACUCGAGGCUCUUCUUCCAGGACAGGAUCUCGAAGUUCCACGCCCUGGACCAGGCCUAUCCCCUCCCCCUCACCCCCGGCGGCCUUCCAAAGUUCCCGGAGAAGAUCUCCCCCUCACCUUCCGGGACAAGCUACGACCCCUCCGCCCCGAUCAUCCGCGUCGCCUCCGAGACGUCCAGUUCGAAUGGCUGGAGCCGGAAGAUCGAGGAGGACUUGCUGCGCGUCUCCAGCCUCCUGGACAAGGACGUGGAGAACUACUUGAAGAUGUGUCGGAUCAUCUUGAGCGUGAACAAGGGACUCGCCAUCGCUGGUCCGGCCAUGGCUUUGCUCGCUGGGAUCGCCAACCUUGCGAACUCUCAUCCCAUACCGGCCUCGCUGCUGAGCAUCGGGGCAUUCUUCGCCGGAUGUGUCUCGCACGACAUGCAGCUGGGAAUGAUCUUCGAGAUGUACAGGGACUGUGCCGGGUACUACACCGAUGUCCAGGACACGAUCCAGAGAACGCUGAGGUUGCCGGUGGAGCUCCGAGAGGACGGAGAGCUGUUUCACCAGAAGGUUGUGCACAGGCUAGGACGAAAGGACGAGCUUCCGUCAAUACCCCGGGGAGCAGCCACAGCCGGAAUCCUCUUUUAGAGGUGGUGGAACACACUUUUGUAAAUUCCUGUAGAAAAAGCGAAGUUAAAUGUUUUUUAUUUUCUUUA